CUACUAUAAAUAUACCAACCUGCACUACAAUCUCCCUCCCAUAAAUUACUCAUUCUGAAUCUUUCUUAUUAAUAAAAUCAGAUAUACAGAAUGGCAUCUUUCUCCUCCAAUAAACACCAUUCAUUUCUUCUUGACUCUUCUUCCAUGUUCUUGAUUCCAGAUACUACUUCUUGCUUUCCAGAGCAAUCAAUCCAUGAUAUCUACAAGCCCUUUUCUCCUCAUCAGCACCAUUCAUUUUAUGAUCAAGCUGAUCCGACGGUGCAGGAGGCCUUGCCCUCUGCGAAUCUAAGUACUGAUAGUACUGGUAUCACAAAAAUUAGCACAUGCAUUAACAAUUCGAGUUCAUCUGCAGCAAGUGCUCAGUAUGAUCAAGUAACUAAUCCCGCGGAGAAAAGGAAGAUCAAAUGCCAACCUCACUCUAUGAUGAAAGGCAAGAAGCCGAGGAAAGAAACAGCUAGUAGUAGCAUUGAGAAGCCGAAUAAUAAGAGGAGCAGAAGAUCAGAGGCUAAUGAUAAGAAGAAGAAAAGGACUAUUCGCGAUGAAGCAGAAAGAAAUGGAGCUCCAACUGAUUAUGUUCAUGUUCGAGCAAGGAGGGGGCAAGCUACAGACAGUCACAGUCUAGCUGAAAGGGUCCGGAGAGAAAAAAUAAGCAAGAGGAUGAAUAUAUUAAAAGCUCUUGUACCUGGUUGUGAUCAGAUUACGAGUAAAGCUCUUAUGCUGGACGAGAUUAUCAACUAUGUGCAGUCUUUACAAAAGCAAGUCGAGAUCCUUUCAUUAAAGAUUGCUUCUAUCAACACACUGUUCUACAACUGUGGAAUGAACUUGGAUGCAUAUAUGGUCGAACCAGAGGUACAAAAUCAGGGAACGAGCAGCUUGGAAGCAACAAACGCGCCAGAUGUGCAACUAGAGAACCGAAACCAGGCCACAAAUGACAUAUUCAACACAUCUGAUGGAUACUCACUUAUUGAAGAACAAAACCAUACACAGGCAACAAACGGCAUUUUCAACACAUCUGGUGGCUAUUCUCUCAUUGACACUUCAACUUUACUUCAACUUCAACAGGCCCAGAUGUCAUACAUCAUGUCUCAGUCUCAGCAGUCCCAGAGUGAUAGCGGCAACAUUGGACAGCUAUUAUGGAACAUGGAUGAACAAAGACAUCAAGUUAUUAAUCAUUCCGGUUUAACCACCAAUGUAUCUUCUGUUCAUUUGCAUUAGAUAUUUAAAAAAAACGAGAGAUCGAAGAGUUCUUUCUUCACCUCAGAACUCAUGCAAGCCAGUCAGUGGAUACGAAUGCAUGCAUAGGAUCAGAGAGUUCGACAGCUAAAGAAAAUGUGACAUUUGAACGACAGAAUAAACCCUAAAUCUUUUGAAGAUGCCAGCUUGCUUUUGUUUAUGUGCUGUUCUGCUUGUCUCAAUCAAUCAUCUUCAUGGAGUAUUACAAAUUCCAAGACCUAGCUAUAUACCUAGUUUCUAUUAUUUAUGAUGCUCAUACAUGUAAGCCAGAUUAUCAGCAGCUAAGAUUAUUGAUACAUUAGUGUGUAUCAUUAUAAUUAAUUAUUAAUGUGAUAUCUUUUCUACAUUGAUGCUCAUGAAAGUUCAGCUCUCUUCCUUUGAUAUCUUUGUAUCUAUUCAAUCUUGU